CUUCCUGUCCCUCGCGGGCAGGACUUCCGGCAGAGCCGGAAGACCUUUUACCUCGCGUUUUGGAGAAAUCGGUUUUGCAGAACCUGGAGGGGAUAUUUAAGACCGUCCCGGCGACUCUAAAGUGUCUGCCUCACGACCUAUUCUGGGCGUUAUGGGUGUGAUAGGUAUACAGCUGGUUGUUACCAUGGUGAUGGCUAGUGUCAUGCAGAAGAUUAUACCUCACUAUUCUCUUGCACGAUGGCUACUCUGUAAUGGAAGUUUGAGGUGGUAUCAGCAUCCUUCAGAAGAAGAAUUAAGAAUCCUUGCAGGGAAGCAGCAGAAAGGAAAAAGUAAAAAAGACAGAAAAUACAAUGGUCAUAUCGAAAAUAAGCCACUUACCAUUCCAAAAGACAUUAACCUUCAUCUAGAAACCAAAUCUGUUACGGAAGUGGAUACUCUAGCACUGCAUUACUUUCCAGAAUACCAGUGGCUGGUGGAUUUCACGGUGGCUGCUACCAUUGUGUAUUUAGUAACUGAAGUCUACUACAGUUUCAUGAAACCUACACAGGAAAUGAAUAUCAGCUUAGUCUGGUGCCUCCUGGUUUUGUCUUUUGCAAUUGUUGAAGAACUGGGUGCUCUGUUGACACCAUGUUGUGCCUCCUUCUCCCCGCUGAGCAAAGUUCUAUUUUCAUUAACUACACACUAUUUUAAAGUAGAAGAUGGUGGUGAAAGGUCAGUUUGUGUCACCUUUGGAUUUUUUUUCUUCGUUAAAGCAAUGGCAGUUUUGAUCGUAACAGAGAAUUACCUGGAGUUUGGACUUGAAACAGGGUUUACAAAUUUUUCAGACAGUGCGAUGCAGUUUCUUGAAAAGCAAGGUUUAGAAUCUCAGGGUCCUGUUUCAAAACUUACUUUCAAAUUUUUCCUGGCUGUUUUCUGUUCACUGAUUGGGGCUUUUUUGACAUUUCCUGGAUUACGGCUGGCUCAAAUGCAUCUGGAUGCCCUGAAUUUGGCAACAGAAAAAAUUACACAAACAUUACUUCAUAUCAACUUCUUGGCACCGUUAUUUAUGGUUCUGCUCUGGGUGAAACCACUCACCAAAGACUACAUCAUGAACCCACCACUGGGUAAAGAAAGUGUCCCUUUAAUGACAGAAGCCACAUUUGAUACUCUGCGACUCUGGUUAAUAAUCCUGCUGUGUGUUUUGCGGUUGGCCAUGAUGCGAAGUCACCUGCAAGCAUAUUUAAACUUAGCCCAGAAAUGUGUGGAUCAAAUGAAGAAAGAAGCAGGCCGAAUAAGUACCGUUGAGCUACAGAAAAUGGUGGCUCGAGUCUUUUAUUACCUUUGUGUCAUUGCCCUGCAGUAUGUGGCACCUCUGGUAAUGCUGCUGCACACAACUCUGCUUUUGAAAACCCUAGGUAAUCAUUCCUGGGGGAUAUAUCCAGAAGCUGUCUCUCCCUGGCCAGUGGAUAAAAAUCUCCCUUCCAACUCUGUUUAUCCUGAUCUACCAUCACCUGAUGGGAAGAUGACGGUAACUGUUACGCAAAUCACAGUGGCACUGAACAGCUUAAAAACCAUUUUCACUCCUCUCCUUUUUCGAGGACUUCUGUCAUUUUUGACAUGGUGGAUUGCUGCCUGCCUCUUUUCUACAAGCCUUUUUGGGCUUUUCUAUCAUCAGUAUCUGACAGUGGCAUGAAUUUCAGUCAAAAAAUGGAUAUCUACACUUUAAAUUCAAAUAUGUGUGCCCUUGAAGGGUUGACAAAAGAAGACUGCAAAUACAAAGGAGAAAAAAAAUAUUAUAUCGGAGUAUCUUGUUUUGAAUAUUUCCUCUGUACUCUCAGGGUGAAUUAUUGUUGUACUAUUUAAAAAUCACAGGAUAGGUUGUUACACUGUUACACUGUGGCAUUGGAAUUGUAACUCAUUGUGAUAACUAAUGUGAGAGGGUUAUCUGCAGGGGUUAAUCCCUCUGAUUACCUUGGUUUACAGUGCAAACCUCCAACAGUCUUUUACACUUCUCCUAGGACUCCAGUUACUGAUUGCUCUUCAUGGUGUUGUGGUACUGUUCUUACUCAUACUUGCUGCCUAUAAAACAAUCUUCAAACUGAGCCAUGCUCUAGAGAAGGGAAAAGAACUAAAGUCACUUCUGUUGGUAAUGUCUUAGUCUUCAAAAACAAAACAAACAAACAAAAAAAUCCAACAGAAAGGAAGAGAAAGCUACUGUAUAUUACAGUAAGAAAAGCUGCAUAGUCAUUUUAAAUUGAAUGGAGAUACAGAUGCCUGAUGUCUACAAGGACUGCUACUUGAGAGUAGCAGCAGUAUUGUUUUAAAGCGUAUACCACCAGCUUGAAAGCUCUUUUCAGAUGAUUGGCCAUAUGAACAUUUGCAGUCUCACUGUUAAUUUUGGGCCUGCUGUAUUUUAUUUUAUUCUUUGAUCCUAAAUAGUUAUGUUUAAUCUAAAAAUAUUUAUCAAUACUGAUCAAAUUUGAGAAUUACUUUGUAAUCCUGCUGACUAAGUGUAUGUAUUGUGUAUAUAUUAUAUAUUAAAUAUAUAAUAUAUUGAGGUUAUAAAAGAUGAAAAUAUUGAAUUCUUAUAUUUUAAGUUGCAGAAUGUAUGUGAAACAUUGAUUUGAAUAAGAUGUAUCUAGAAAUUUCUGUUUGGAAUGAGAUUAAAAUACUUUUUUUAAAGCUCAACAGAGUGUAAAUUGUUUGUUGUAUGUAUAUGAUAAUAGUACUUAAAAUGUUAUGGGUGAUUAGUUGAUUUCUCCCAAAUUAAAAUUAUCUUUAUUUU